AUGGCCAAACCUAUAUGUUCCGUACAAGCGCAAGGUCAGAAAAUGUAUACAUUCGUACAAGUCGAUGAUUGUACAUUCAGAGCCGAAUAUCUGUUUCAUGCUCGUCAAAAUCCAAAUGGAGCUGCUUAUGGAGGAUUGGUGUUUUCUCAGGCGUUGGCAGCAGCAGAGAAGACUGUUCCAGAGAAUUUUAAGCCCAAUUCUGUGCAUUCGUAUUUUUUUCUAGUGAACUACUCAACACCGGCAAUCUACAAAGUAAGACGAAUAAGAGAUGGCAGAGGAUUCAUCAACAGAACAGUGGAAACAAUUCAAAACGACAAAAUUUGCUUCUUACUCCAAGUCUCAUUUCACAAGACUGAAAAAGAUAGUAUGAUUCAUCAAGAUGUUAUGCCAAAAGUUCCGAAACCAGAGACAUUAGUGAGCAUGAGACAAGCUGUGAUUGCUACGAAAAAGCUUGUAUCGGAAGGUGGAUUAGAAUUGAAGCCUGCAAUGUUGAAUAGAUUAAUGGUGUUGGAUAAUAAGGCUUAUGUAACCAAUAAUGAUAUGUUUGAGGCUAGAUGCACAAAUCUAGGAAACUGGUAUGGGUACUCGAGUGAUCUGAAACCGGAAUUGAGUGUUUGGAUGAAGACGAGAGAGUGUUUGGGAGAUGAAGAAAGGCUUCACAGAUGGCUACUGGCAUGCAUGAGUGAUGCUAUUCUCAUCCCUGCCGCAAUGUCUGCCCAUUUCUCACAAGGCUUUGAGGACAGCCUACACGUCUCCUUAGAUCACUGCCUUUACUUCCAUACACACGAUUUUCGAGUUGAUGAAUGGUUUUUGUUUGAGUGCAAAUCUACAGUAUCCUCUGGUGGAAGAGCUUUUAUAAAUGGAAGAAUCUGGAGAAGAGAUGGGAAACUGAUUGCCAGCUGUCAGCAAGAAGCAAUUGUUCGUGGAAAGGAUGGACAGAUUUCCAAACUUUGA